AAAGAUGUCCACUGAAGGGCAAAGAGUUGACGAUAGUCCAAGCACUAGUGGAGGCAGCUCUGAUGGAGACCAGAGGGAAGGCGUUCAACAAGAUCAAGAAAGAGAACAGGUUCAACCCAAGAAAAAAGAAGGCAAAAUCUCUAGCAAAACAGCUGCUAAACUUUCAACUAGUGCUAAAAGAAUUCAGAAAGAACUUGCAGAAAUUACAUUAGACCCUCCUCCAAACUGUAGUGCUGGACCAAAAGGAGACAACAUUUAUGAAUGGAGAUCAACUAUAUUGGGGCCUCCAGGUUCUGUGUAUGAAGGAGGCGUUUUUUUCCUUGACAUUACGUUCUCGCCAGACUAUCCCUUUAAACCACCUAAGGUCACAUUUCGCACAAGAAUUUAUCACUGUAAUAUUAACAGCCAAGGAGUGAUUUGCUUGGACAUUUUAAAAGACAACUGGAGUCCAGCAUUAACCAUCUCUAAAGUCCUUCUUUCCAUCUGUUCACUUCUUACAGACUGCAACCCUGCUGACCCCCUGGUUGGAAGUAUUGCUACUCAGUAUAUGACAAACAGAGCAGAGCAUGACAGAAUGGCCAGACAGUGGACCAAGAGAUACGCUACAUAGGAAUCUGCUGUAGAACAUGCUGGACCUGUGCAAGCACAUUCACUAAGUGCAUCAAUAGCCCUUCCCUUAUUUUUAUUACAAGCGUUUUGCGACAAAAGUUGACUUCCCUCCCCCCUUUUUUCCUUUAUUUUUAUUCUUUUAUUUUAUUUUUUCUGUUCAACUUGAAAUUUUUAAUCUCUAAAAUAUAGAUUGGGAACUUUGGGUUACAGUGCAAGGAAUGUUGGAUCUGUAAUAGUAUAGAGCUUUGUCACAAAGCUUUGUAUUAAUGUAUUUUUUUUCUUUCACGUGGUCUUUGAGGGAAAAAACAAGCAAACAAACUCAAACCUAUAUCUUGUUUCUACUUAAAUGUAGUGUUUAGGGUUUUGUUUUUUUUUGUACGGAAGUCUCUAAUGGUGGGUGCAUGUUACUGGGAAUAGGUUUUGUAUAAAAAGCAUAAAAUCAAGAAUCACUGUGCAUUACUAAGACUGUGUUUUAACACUAGCCUUCUGUUUCCCAAACACAAGGCUGUUGGUUUGAACAAAAUGAUAUGUAUUUUGAUUUACUUAAAAGAAAAGUGCUUGUAAAUUUCUUAGGGACCUGCCACUUUUGACUGUGGAUCGGUUGAUGUACACUUGUAUUAUGAAAUCACUCAAUAAAAAAAACACUGUGGC